GCAGUGCCAAAUGUGACGGACCGCAGGAAGACGCUUUUAUUGCGUCGGUCUAUCGGGAAGGGAUUGUUAGUUUCCGGUGGUUCAUUUCUGGUAUAAAAAAUCCACGCGGACUCUCCACAUAAAAUAUUUAAAUGUUUAUGGAGGGUCAUUUAACGUUAUUGUAUAUCCCCGCCUGGACAUACUAUAUAAAUACAUACUCUUCGUUUCUAUUUGGACUAUUGUGACCAUGGUCGCCGAGGACAUGUGAGAGCUGAAGUGUAGAUGAUGUGGUCCUGCUGGGAUCUUCAGAUUUCAUUGGAUUGGUUGGCAUUUGAGUGUAAAGCGACAUUGUUCCUCUUUUUUAUUUGCAACAUGGCUCGUCGGAGUAGCACUGCAAUCUCCCGCACUGCUGCGAUGAUGGCAAUUUGCCUUGCAGCUUUACUCCUCAGCAACAUCUUGCUCUACCUGUAUUUGGACUCUUUGUACCAGUCUGACGGCCAACAGGCGACCGUGCAUGCCGGCUGCGCGGCUCAACACUUUAAAAUGACGACAAUGAAGAACUGCACCCCCUGGCUCCAAUGUUCCCUGAUAGAAACAGAAGUUUACAAGUUGAAGCUCAUUGGCCAAGGAGCAGUGAAAAAGGUCUACUUAGCAGAAUGGAAGGGUCAAAAGGUGGCUCUGUCCAAACUGUCCUCUUUGGAUUACUCUGAGGAUUUUCUCCACGGACUGUCUAUGUUAAAAGCACUGCAAGGUCCCUUGGUGGUACAGUUGGUGGGGUUUUGCCUUAAAGACUAUACCUUGGUCACAGAAUACCAUCCACUGGGUUCACUGCUCAAUCUUGAAGUUGUUCUUGCACAAAAACACUACAAACAUCGUAACACUUGGAAGACACGACUGAUGCUGGCGAAAGACUACGUUUCGAUACUCCAUUACCUCCACAACAGCCCAAGUGGCCGGCGGGUGAUGUGUGACUCCAAUACGCUGGAGAAAACUUUGUCUCAGUUUCUGCUCACAAAUGACUUUCACCUGGUGGUUAAUGACCUGGAUGCAUUGCCUGAGGUAAACCUAUCCAAUGGUUUGUUGGUCAAAUGUGGCCACAGGGAGCUCAUCGGUGACUUUGUAGCCCCUGAGCAGUUGUGGCCAUUUAGAAACACCGGGGAGCCUUUUUCAGAUGAUCUUAUGCAGAAAUAUGAUGAAAAGACAGAUAUUUGGAAGAUCCCAGAUGUGACACAGUUCUUGAUAGGAAAAGUGCCCGGGGGGGACUUGAUCCACUUCCAUCUUUUUCAGAUCCAUAAGGAGUGUAAGGCAAAAGACCCUAAACUCCGCCCUUCAGCCCUGAAUGUAUUGAUGGUUUACAAGUCAGUUUUCAGCAGCAUGGUACAAGACAAUGUUGGGUUUAGAGACAUGCUUUAAAAUCAAACACAAUUUUUAAAAUCAGUAAUGAAACAUAAAUGUUUUUUUAUGUGAAGUAUAAUACAGAAUGAAGUUGAAUACAUUUUUACAGAUGUUCUUUUUUGAAACACCAACAUAAGAUGGUCAUCAUGACAAUGUCAUUGGAAUAUACUUUUUUUUUUUAGGUAUGGCAAUAAAUCUGUAUUUUUUAAAAAUACAUUUGGUGAA